ACAGGUGGCAGCACUCACCUUUAGUGACGUAGCUAGUGUUGUUCACAAACAGGAAGAAAGGGGAAACACUGAGGAGGCUGUAACGUUAGCUUGGAGUAGUGGCUUCAUUAUUAAAGAAAUCAGGCACUUCUUCUUGAAGUUCACGUCGCUAUGUGGAUAAUUCCUGAAGCCACGUGGGUAAUGUAAAGUUAUUGAGGUCUUAUUGUGAUACUCAUAAAGCUACAGUCACUUGUUAUGGCUGCUUUAGGCUUUACUCCUGCCAGUGGGCAGGAUGUGUUUAGCAUUGACACAGGUGAACAGUCCAGCUCCACAUCAGGCUGUGUGCUCAGUGGGAAAGAGGCCAGGCACUUCUAUGAAAACCUGAUGAAAGAUGAUAAAGCGCACAGGAAAGAUGAUGGCAGAGGGCACAGCAGGAGAGUGAGGAGGAGAGGAAGAGCUGCAGAGAUGCACCGGGGUCAAACCAGCUCAGGUAGUAAUGAAAGUGAAGGCAGCCAAAGAAGAGAGACCUCAGAAAGCUCCAUGCAGCUCCUGGGUCUGAGGCUGCUCCGCUGUGCCCAUGAGGGGGACGUCUCCAGCCUCAGAGACCUGCUCUCAAAGGGGGCUGACAUCAACUUCCAGGACACUUACUUCUGGACGGCGGUGAUGUGUGCAAGCUGGUCAGGACAAAGAGCUGCGGUGAGGCUGCUGCUGCAACGUGAAGCGGCGUGGGUUGGAGUGGUUGAUACGCAGGGCAGGGAUGCCAGAGAUCUGGCACUGGAAGCUGGCCACAGUGACAUAUUGGAGGAGUUUGAGAGCUACGGGGAAAGUACACAGAGAGACAUACCGUCUGAUAACAGUGCCGCCCAGCGUCAGUGGUGCGAUGUGUGUUGUAACGAGUACAGCGGCGGCUUGUCAUCUCAUCUCUCCUCCACUCUACAUCAGUUCAGUUUGCAGCGUCCUCCACCCAGCCCCUACUACUGCCUCCCCCCGUCCAGCAACAGCUACAAAAUGAUGGUACGUUGUGGCUGGAAACCAGGGACAGGGCUGGGGCCAGAGGGAGAGGGGACAAAACAGCCAGUGUCAACUGUGCUGAAAAGAGACAAUGAAGGUCUGGGCUACGGACAGAUGAAAAGAGCCAAAGUUACACAUUUCCAAGCCAGGGAUCACGACGCAGUGAAACUACCAUCCAAGGAGAAAGAGAAGAGUGGAGGAAAAGGACAGAGGAAAGAAGAAAGUAGGAGAAAGGAGCAAAAAGAUAAGAACUGGGAAAGAGAUUUCCGUGCCUCUUUUUAUCUUUGACACCUGCACACAGUGACUUUUCUACACAUUUACGCAAAUUAUACCUGGUUUUGCUUUGUUUUUUAAUUGAGAGCAAUACAUGUAUUACAUGGAGUAUAAUACAAAUACCUUUACCCUACCUCAAGCUGA